AAUGUCAAAACGGGCCUAUUACAUUUUUACGACUAUAGGUAUUGUAAUUUGUUACAGCCUGUUUAUCCUCACUGCCGAUACGUAAAUAGCGAAAGCAAAAAUUAACAAGAUCCCGUGGGGGCUGGAACGAGUGUUUUUUUCAAAAUGGAUGUUUUAUUAACCCUUUUCUACAUCCUUUUCUCGAUAUGCGUGAUCUAUCCACCUACGGAGUUUGUAUCCGCCGGUUUUACGAUACCUCAGCUGCUUGACAGCUUCUUAGGUUCCGAAAAUAUGAACUUUAUCGAGUACCAUAUGAAGAGAGUUACUGUAACUGCUCUAAUUCAUUCUGCUUUGCCUUUCGGAUAUAUGCUGACACUUUGGUGCAGCGGGCAGCGUGGGCAGUGGAUGCCAUGGUUCAUGCUAGCAUCAAUCAUUGGUCCAAUGAUCAUGUUGCUCAAGAUGACACGCUGGUGGGAUUCAGACAGAAAGAAACAUCCAGUAGUGAAAGCUCUGCUACCUUAUGUCCCACCUGGCAUGAAUUGGCAGAUCCUGGCUGUGGAUUUCAACGCCGAAUUUCGAGGUGUUGACAAGGUAUCAAUACAGUUGACUGCAACCAGCAAGUUUAUAGCAACGCAAACAUGGUUCAUCAAAGUGUCUCAGUAUAGCAUCAAUCUUGUUAAGCAAAACGAUUGCGCCCUGGUUGCUACUGCGACAGACAGCCACAACUUUUCGGUGUCAGGCGAGGACGAAGUGCAGUACGUGAACAUUGAAGCCAUCCCAUCAGAUAAUACCAUUAAAAGGUUCAAGUUCCGGAUAUCCACCACGGCCUUGCGGGAGCUACAACCAAGAUUGGAGCGGCCGGUGCGGGUGCCUGAGCACAUCUCCCUGCUGCCCACCCUCAUCGAGAGGUUCGUGCUCGUGUUCAAGCAGCACGUGGAGCGGAAUCCUGUUUAUUACGUUGAACAGGAUUUAGAGGUGUGCAUUGGAUGUAUGCAGAACACGGCUGACGUGAAGCUAAACAAGCUCUGCCCGCCGGGCCCGCCCGAAGACAACGCACCGCCAUGCCAACAGUGUAACUGCAGGGUGCUGUGGUGCGGCGCGUGCAUGGGGCGCUGGUGGGCGGCGCGCGCGGCCGGCGCGCCCGCCGCCUGGCUGGCCCAGCGCGGCUCGUGCCCCGUGUGCCGCGCGCCCUUCUGCCUGCUCGACGUGUGCCCGGCGCGCGCGCGCUCGUGA